AGCUAACUUUAAAAUACAAAGUACAGUACUCCAACAGUAAUCUCAAAGGACUAUUUUUAAGUUUUAAAUCUAUAUCCACACUCAUACCACAUUUUGUCAAAACAUGGGAAACAUUUGAUGAAAUAAUAAAAAUCAAAGAGUCAAUUCUUGUCCUGUUCAACAAUCAGUAUAAAAAGGGGUAAAAUAUCUUCACGAUUGAUUAACCCUCUAUUGAGUAGCCAUUACGAUAGUGGAAAACUUUUGGCUGCAAUAAUGGAUCGUGGAAAAAGUUCAGGCAGAUCUCUUGCUGCACAGAAUAACAAGAUUUAUAUGGAUCUUAAGGACAUCAUCAGGGAACAUUCUCUUUCCUUUCUUCCUGCCAAAUCACUUUCCAGAUUCAAUGCUGUUUGUAGGGACUGGAGAUUCCAGAUCUCGAGUCCAUUUUUUGCCCACAGUCAGUCAUUUUAUUGUCGUGGUACUUCUGGCUUCUUUCUCCAGACACCCUGGGGUUCUCCUUCUCUCAUACCCAUCGACCCAAGCUGUUGUGGGGUGCCAGAUCCACUCCUCAAGUUUUUGCCUGAGCCCGUUGACAUUAGGUCCUCCUCUAAUGGACUGCUUUGCUGCCAAGGUCGUGAAGGGGACAAGGUCUACUACAUAUGUAAUCCUGUUACUCAGCAGUGGAAGAAACUUCCAGAAUCAAAUGUGAAUCAUGGACCAGAUCCGGCAAUUAUGCUCGUAUUUGAACCAUCAUUGCUCAACUUUGUAGCUGAGUACAAAAUUAUAUGCGCUUUUCCAUCCACAGAUUUUGGUGAUGCGAUUGAGUUUGAUAUAUAUUCCUCCAAAGAGAAUACUUGGGAAGUUGCUGGGGAGAUCCAUUUUGGAGCUACAGGACGACCUAUGCCAAAAUCAGGGGUUCAUGUGAAUGGCGUUGCUUACUGGAUGACAAUUACUGGUGGUAUUCUUGCUUUUAAUCCAACAAAGGAGAGGUCACAACUCAUUCCAAACUAUGAUCCUCAUGUGAUUUUGGGGAACUAUAGCGGAAAGCUUUGUAGAGCUAAUGUGUCCGGUAAUUCAAUCACUUUACUCACUUUGGAUAAUAUCCACUCAAAUACAAUGGAAAUGGGAAGCCGAGCCCAAAUGUGGGCACAAAAACAUCGGGUUGUUCUUGACAGUAAAAUUGUCGGGGAUGUAUCUGGGCUCUACUCAAUUUUACAUGUUGACAGUGAUAUAUUGGCUGUUCAGAAAGGAGGAAAAGCUUUUUUAUAUGACUUCAAGUCCCGUGCAACAAAAUGCCUUCCGGAUGGAUUUCAUAAUGUGAGAUGCUUGCCCUAUGUGAACAGCUUAGUCUACCUCUAAUCUGUCUUGGUUGCAGUUGAAGAUUCUUUGUUUGGAGCUUGUCCUCUGGAGAAUUAUGUUGUAAUAGCAAGCAUUUGCCCUUAAUAUGUAAUAGUUCAUUAGAUUUUCUUCAGACUGGUACUGGUGUUUAUCAGCUACUAUCUUUGCAGAUCUUAUUCGAACUUAGUAACUACUGUUUUCUUGUC